AAGACCCAAAACCAGAAAAUGAAAGCAGUCCUAUUUCUGCUUCUACUUGUGUUCACCUCGCUGGCAAGGAGUGCCGAACUUGAAGUAAAAGGGGAUCAGCUGUUACUGCGAUCGCGUGGAUCGGUGAGGGUAAGACGUGUUCGUGAUGUACAUGAUAGGCAUCUCGUGGAACAUCAUCAUGUGGCGCCACGACGCCUGACAAGACGAGAUGCUGCUGCUCCAACCAAGAAACAUAAGAACAUCUGGAAGAAUAAGAAAUAUAAGACUGCUUAA